AUGGAGAGCAUCAUGGAGGUGAGGGAAGAUUGCAUGCUUUCACCUGUUGGUGAUAGUGAACCAACUUUGAGAAUUGCCCAUUUUCUGAAACCCAUUUCAAAUUCCAUUGAUGGAUCAGUUUCUGAGACUCUGUCAUCUUCUGUAACUGUGCCACCUGUGUUUGAACCGAAGGAGUGGCCGUUGGUGAUCCAUUUCAACGGGUGGCGCCACCCUAAGACGAAAUGGUUUGAAUGGGUGGAUACCCUUCAAGUCAAGUAUGAAUCAGUGUGGAAAAAAGUUGGUAUCUUUGAAGCCAUUAUGUGUAGCACAAAGUGCCACAUAGUGAAAAAUCAAAACUUGGCUAUUGGGGUUGCAGAGAAGUGGUGUUCUAAGACGAAUAGCUUUUUGUUUCCUUGGGGUGAGGCAACAAUCACGUUGGAGGAUAUGAUGGUGUUGGGGGGUUACCCUAUUGUUGGUGAACCUGUGUUCACCCCACUUCAAAGCCAGGAAAUGAGAGAGGUGGAGAAAAAAUUGGUUCUUGCAAGACGGGAACCUUGGAGGAGCAGAAAAGGUAAGGCUACUACAACUGCAUGGAUGGAUAUUUUUUUCAAUAGUGGGAGUGAAAUUGAACAUGAAGCAUUUCUUGCAACUUGGUUGUCAAUGUUUGUUUUUUCUCACAAUGGCUUGAUAAAUAAGUUUGUGUUCCCUAUUGCCAUUCACCUUGCUAGAGGGAAUUCCAUUGCUUUGGCACCAGCAGUUUUGGCUUGCAUUUAUAAGGAUUUGAGUUUGUUGAAGAAAACAAUAGUUGGUUUGACAAAACCUCAUGUAGUGGAUGAUAAAUUGCAAUUGGAGGUGACUCUUCAAUCACCCUUUUACUUGGUUCAAAUUUGGGUGUGGGAGAGGUUCAAAAAUUUGCAACCACAGCCCAAGUUGAUCAACCAUGAAGACCCUAUAUUGUUUAGGUGGCAUGAAGUUAAGGCCUUGAAAAUUCACAAUGUGAGAUUUGAACUAGACUCUGCUAUGGAGGAUUUUCUUUGGCGCCCUUAUGUUAAAUAUGCUGGCAAGUGCAGGAUGUUUUAUCCAGAACACGAAACUUGUGUACCGUUUGGGACAGAUUUGGAUAAAGAGAUAGUCUCUUUUGUUACAUGCUUGAGAGUUUCUGAGCUUGUUGGAAUGGAGUCCAUUACAAAGCAGUACCUUCCUCACAGAGUUGCUAUGCAAUUUGGAAUGGAUCAAGAUGUUCCAGGUUCUGUGCCUCGAUUCAAUGGGAGUAGAGCCAUUGCUUGGGCAAAUUACUGCAGGCCUAUAUCUGAUAGGGAUUUGUAUUUUCCAUCAAGGCUUUUUGAGGCAGAUGUUACUACUCGUUAUGCAAAGUGGUGGAAGCAAUCAGUAUUGGCUCAUCAGGAUUUCGCCAAGAAUAUUGUGCGUCGAAAGAGAAGUGCAAGGUCAUCAAAUCACAGGCCUCGUGUAUCAAAAGCAAACAAAAGUGGUAAUGAUGCUGAUGUUCCACCUGGUUUUCCUCCUAAACUUGUUAGAAGAACUGUGUUUUUUGGAAAACCUUGUGAUGAUGUUUCGGAUGCUAGGAAAGGUGAAAAUGAUGCUGAUGUACUUGCUGGUUUGGAAACUGUUCCUUCUGGAAAUUCUGUUCAAGAUGGUUUGAUUGCUAAUGAAAAUAUUGAUGCAUAUGUUCCAACAAGUUUUUCUCCAAAAGAUGACACUUUGACUCCUUGCAUUUCUGUUGAGAAUUUUAAGCCUGUCUUGGAUGAAAGUAAAUGUGGUGGCAUGACUCACUGUUUAGUCAAAGUGAAAACUGAUCAAUGUAAAAAUUUGUCCAACCAAAGUUCUUCAGCCUCUACUGCAGAUUAUGGAGAUGUUGAAAGGAUAUUACCACUGACAAAAGCAGUUGUAAAAGAUGUCAUUGAACCUACAAUAGAGGGUUUGGAGGAAGAUUUUGAAGAUGCAAAUGGGAGCAAAGAAUCAAAGCUAUUUGGGACUCAAAGUGAAAGUGGAUAUGGAAUAAAAUUAAAGGAACUUGAAGAGAGAAUCAGCAGACUCGAGACAAUGGUUACAAAACUAAAGAGAGCAAGGUUUGGUCAUAGUUGA